AUGUUAGAUAUGGUGCCAGCUCCAUUGCCGUCUUUUGUAAACAGUCCUUUGGGUGCGAUAAAUGUUAGGAGGUGUAGUUGGUGUCCAAAGGUCUUUCCAGACCGCACAGGGCUUGAGCGUCACUUGCGGAUCCACACUGGGGACAAACCAUUCACAUGUCGCCACUGUGGGAAGGCGUUCUCUCAGAGCUCAAGCAUGAGGACCCAUGAAAGGAUCCAUACUGGAGAAAGACCAUAUACGUGUCAACUUUGUGGUAGAAGAUUCUCGGAUAGCUCAUCGUAUAAACGCCAUAAGAUUGUCCACAUACGAAUAUGGCAACCUUCGCAGAUUUCACUGGCGGAAACUCGGUCCAAGUUGAGAUUGUACACCUGUUCCUUUUGUGGUAAAGACUUCUCUGCGAAUAAGCUUUUAGAAUAUCACAUUCGUGUCCACACUGGUGAAAAACCAUUCCAAUGUUCUUACUGCGGAAAACGCUUUAGUCAGAAAGUUCAUAGGAAUACACAUGAAAGGAUUCAUACUGGAGAGAAACCAUAUGAAUGUCAGAUCUGUGGAAAAAGAUUUUCUUAUGGGUCUGUGUGUAAAAGGCACAGACUGAUUAAUAUGGAUAAGGAGUGA